CCCUGGGAGAGGCCUGCACUCUGGGUGCCCGGCCCUGUCCCUUUGUGGAGCAGCAAACUCCAGCACUGAAGAGCUGUGCCUGCCCAGCAGCCCCCAGAGUGUGUGUGAGCCAACCAGGGCCCUCGGUAGGAGGCUGGGCAGAAGAGAGGCCCCAGGAAAACAACAGGUGAUGGAAGAAAGCAGGGAGUGACCAGAGAGAUGAGGGAGAGAGGCAGGUGCCGGCCAAAAGCCUUCCUCCCAUCUUUAAGUCAGAGGUCUGAGCGGAGGAGGACUGGAGAGGGUGGGAAACCCUCCUGUCACCAGGAUUUGGAGAGAGCAGUCCUCCCUCCCGCUGAGUGUCCUUAGCGACUGUGGUUCAGAGUGCACCAGCACCGUGCCAGGGGGACGACGGGCAGUUUGGAGCCCUGGCUCUGUCUGGGCGUCUGAGUGAAGGGAGCUGAGAGUGUCUUCUACAUUUCGAUGUUUAGCUGCUGUCUGACAGCUCGUACAUGUGUGUGAUGCACUUCGUACGCUUCCUCCAUUCUCUUAGCCCAGCACACCUGCUCUCAGGUCUUGUUUUGGCAUGGCAUGCUGACUUCCGUUAGGGUCGCCUCCCCAGUGACUGCCACGGAAGGAAAUGACUCCCUCCCCCUUCUUUUUACUUCUGUAGCAGAUUCCCUGGUCCCACUCUGAGCCAUGUGACAUCUCUGAUAACCCGCCCCUGUAGCCGUUUGAGUCACAUAAGAUCUUUGUGUGAGUUAGGACUAGACUGUGGUUUUGUCAUUUGCUUUUAAUUCUCCCUUUACCCAUCUGUGGCAAGGCUUUUGCUUUGAACCUGCAGCCUAGACCUCAUGGGCUUUUGCUCUGCUGGGAGAGGGCUGCUGAGGAGGAGGGUGGGGCCUGAAAGCCUUUCCCUCUGCUGCCUCAGAGCCAGGACAAGUCCCUUCCUGCCUCUGCCAGUUUGCCUGGCCUACCUAGAACCUCACUCAGCACAUGUGUCCGGCAGCUUGGGAAUGAUUAAACAAAAGGAUUCCGGGAGGAAGCAUCUGGGGAGACGAGACGUUCCUGGUUAAGGGGUUAUCGGUCUCUAGGUUCGCUGACUCUCGGUCUAUCUUCAGACUGUUAUUUGUUUGGGGAACUGGAGCAGUUAGGUGGCGUCACUGAGGCGGGUGGCUAAUAACUGCCAGCCUCCCCAAAGCCACAAAGAGGAGGAUAGUGCCAUUAUGUGCUUAUUGAGGGUUCACGGGUGGAGAGAAUCCUGGCAACGAACCCCAGGCCAUAUCAUAUACAGCACAACUGUCUCAGAAAGCCUGGUGAGUGUGGCCGUCUGACCCCAAACACUUAGUCUCCCCUCGGAAGCUAAGCACACUUCCUGGUCUCCUCAGGAGGAGCAAGUUUUACCUCUGAAGAUCCCGAUUUACCUACAAGCCUGGUUCCCACCAUGAGUGCAGAGCUCAAUGUGCCCAUGGACCCCUCCACCCCUGCCUGCCCUGAGCCUGGACACAAGGGCAUGGAUUACCGAGACUGGGUCCGACGCAGCUACCUGGAACUGGUCACCUCCAACCACCAUUCAGUGCAGGCACUGUCCUGGAGAAAGCUGUACCUGAGCAGGGCCAAGCUGAAAGCCUCCAGCCGGACCUCUGCCCUGCUCUCCGGCUUCGCCAUGGUAGCCAUGGUAGAGGUGCAGCUGGAGACACAGUACCAGUACCCACAGCCCCUGCUCAUCGCCUUCAGCGCCUGCACCACGGUGCUGGUGGCGGUGCACCUGUUUGCCCUGCUCAUCAGCACGUGCAUCCUGCCCAACGUGGAAGCCGUGAGCAACAUCCACAACCUCAACUCCAUCAGCGAGUCCCCGCACGAGCGCAUGCACCCCUACAUCGAGCUUGCCUGGGGCUUCUCAACCGUGCUGGGCAUCCUGCUCUUCCUGGCCGAGGUGGUGCUGCUCUGCUGGAUCAAGUUCCUCCCAGUGGACGCCAGGGGCCAGCCGGGCUCCCACAGGCACACGGGCUGGCAGGCCGCGCUGGUGUCCACCAUCAUCAUGGUGCCCGUGGGCCUCAUCUUCGUGGUCUUCACUGUCCACUUCUACCGCUCCCUGGUGCGGCAUAAGACCGAGCGCCACAACCGCGAGAUCGAGGAGCUGCAUAAGCUCAAGGUGCAGCUGGACGGGCACGAGAGAAGCCUGCAGGUGGUGUGAGGCCUGUGCGGUUUGGGACAGCCGGCAGGAGAGCGACCCUCAGGCGGUGCUCGCCACCACGCCGCUGGCAGGAGUAGCUAAGGGGCUGUCGGACCAACCCUAGCCUCAUGGGAGCCACGACUGCGUCACAAGAGGUGCAGUGGGGAUUGCUAAGCAGACUGCACUGAUGCUGCCCAUGUGUCCGUACUCCUCGGAUGAACACGGGUCUAAAGGAGUGAGAACACCACUUUAUCAGAGGCCAGAGGAGGAAACGUGUUCACAUGGCCCUGGGGACUUCCUGGAUCAGGGACAAGCUGAAAACACCUUGCCCUGGGAAGGGGUCCCAGCACACCAGAGGCCACGGUAGAUCUCAGACAUCUGGGCCUUGUGACUGGCAGGGCAGGGCUGAAUUCCCAAGGCCGGCUGAAGGGCUGGGGCUCAGUAGCUUGCCUAGUGUGCAGGAAGCCCUGGGUUUGAACCUCAGCACUAAAACCAGGUGUGGUCAUCGCAGUUCUAGGGAGGUGGAGGAAGGAUCAGGAGUUCGAAGUCGCCCUCUGCUACAUGGUGAGUUUGAGGCUACAUGAGACACUGUCAAAGACAUGCGCACGCAUGCAUGUGAGCACACACACACACACAUGAAGACUAGACUAGGGUGCUGGAGAGGGCAGAGAUGAGCCCAGCGCCUGCACAAGGUGACAUGGCUAACAAUGACACACAGAGACGUGGUGACUGAUCAGUCGUUCAGCCUGGUGCUCCCUCCUACUCUGGAGGAUCCAGGGGCACACAGCAGUUCAACAUGGGUAACCGAUACCAUUGUUGGAAUCAGAGUUGCCUGGUCCUAAAGAGAUGACCCUGUGUGGGAGGCUUGGCAGGGUUAAGGAGAAAUGCCCCAGAGCCCUCCACCAUGGGCUCACUGAGGUCAGAGACGGACACACACACCACACACAGCAGACUCCCGUGCAGAGGUGUUCACCUCUUAGCCAUUAAAUGAGCCUGAGGCGGCCACCCCUGUGGACUGUGCCAGCACAGGCAGGGGCACCAUCUCAGACCAGCCAGCUCAGCUCCCUGAUGCCUGUGGCCCCCAGAUGUUGAGGGUAAGCUGGAGGAACUUCCUGUUUUAGCACAGCCAUCAGCCUGGUCUGGCCCAUAGGCAGGUACUCGUCAAGACAAGCCCAGUCAGCUGCAGAGAAGAGGGGACCUCUGCCCUGUGCCGGCCCUGCCAGGACUCAGUGCAGGCCCCGCCCCCAUGUUUGCACAGCUGUGCAUGAGUUCAGCUUCGUGCUGCGGGCAUCUGGCCACCCAGCUGGUGUUGCAUGGGACACUGUGUUCACCCAUUUCUGCAGCCCCACCAGACAGGACUUUGACCUCUUACUCUAUAUAAUUGGUCACUGGGCUCCUGCAAGUGCCACUUCUGUUUCUUACCACAGAGGGCCCCGGGGAACCUUGUGAAUAAUCUUCCUUGUAAACUGUGACAUCUUGGGGAACUAGGACAUGGUGUCCUGUGAACCCAGGAAAUUGCCCUGUUUUUCGAAGGUGUGUCCUUCAACACCCCUUCACCCCUGAAGACAUCUGUCUUGAGACCCCUUGAGGUCUUAGACCUCUGUGCUUUCCUGGGGUCUUUGGGAAGUCAGCUUAGUUUGAUUUGUUUUGCUGACGGAUGCUAGAAUCAUGGAUGGGCAAGAUGGCUCAGUGGGUAAGGGCAUUUGCCACCAAGCCUGGAGACCUGAGUUCAAUCCCCAUCCUCUGACCUACAUGAAAAUAAAUACAGUAAGAAAGCUGA